CGAGAUUCAUAAAGGAAGUUGUUUACACAGAAGGGUGCAAAUAAGACAAACAACAUAUUCUAAAAGAUGGACAAGUCAUGCAGAAAUUCUUUCAUCAUCCUAUAUGCUGUUGUAAGAUGGCUACUGGAAGUAGUAGAUUUAGGGCUGGAUUGGGACUUUUACAUAGAAUUGCAACAUACAGAUCAACAAAGCAUCAUCCAGGCAGUAAAGCUUCAGUGGGCAAUCCUGGGAUUUGCAAUCUUUGGUACUGUUAUGUUCUUUUCCACUUUAAUUGUAUUUUGUAUAAAAAUUUACAAAAAGAGAAAGCAAGAAAACUUGAGCAAAUCCUAUGAAGAUGUCAAGAAUGCUAUUUCCGUCUUCUCUUUCAUCUGUACCUGGUUUGAAGAUCUUCCUCAAAUAGUCCUAGCUGUAAUUGUGGCAGUGAAAUCAACUGAUCUGAUUGCCUACAUACAGUUGGUGAAAGCCUGGUAUGCCUUAGCGGAAGGAUCAUUGAUAGCUAUUAUAAUAUUCAUAGAACUUCGAUUGUGUUGCGCUAAUAAGCCUAACCAUUGGAAGCGAGUGCUGUUGAUUUGUGAGCUUAUUGGUAUCACUCUGAUCCUUCUGGGCAGUAUAUUUUUGCAAACAGAGCUUUACCAAGACAAUUUUAAAGACAUUUAUCAAAUGGAAAAUGCAGUCAUGAAUUUGACUAGCAAUGCCACAACUUGGAGCACUUUAGUUACUUCAGUAUGAUGUCUUUGUAUAUAAUCAUUAACACUGAACAAGUGAAGGGAUUUAUUUUCAAAUUAAACUGUUCCCUGAGCAUAGGAUUUUUCUGUGAUAAUUUUUUUCAUAUCACAUAAAAGGGAUACAUGUGUAUAUUAUAAGUCCCUGCAUAUGCAAAUUGUACAUAUCUUAUUAUUCACAAAGUUUAAAUUUGCGUGAGGGUGUCUAUGGUUUUGUUUAAUUUAUACUUAAUGGUAUAUAUCAUGUAUAUACACUACAGUUACUUUAUAUUUUGUAUAUAGUAAGUUCUGACUUUUUUGGUCAACACUCAGCACUUUCAAAUGACUAUGAAUCAAUGAAUCACAUCAGCAAGCAGGUGCAUAUUGUGUUAAAAAAGAUCAAAUAACACAUAUGACUACCGUCAUGAGAAAAGGGCCCUUAUCUUCUGACGUCACAAUGCUCAUAAAACGACGUCAAAGUCGCGGUAUUGAAAACACGGAAGUAAAUGUUGUCGAAUACGUUUCGUACACAAGAAAUAAAACUGGAUUUCAAAGUGUUAUAAAAAUUCUAUAU